AAGCUUAAGUUGUCUGCUUAUUGGAAUUUAAAGUAAGCAGUGGAAAUUAGCACUUGAAAUCAGUUAAAAAUCCCUACCAAUUGUCCAAAGCAUUCAAAACUAUUAAUUUACACUACACCCUAACCUACAACUUGUAUAAAGAUGCUGUACAUAUCCAUUCUUCAGAGGUGGUUCGUCAAGUGAUAUUUCAACUGGCACCAACUUGGCACGCUAUCAUUUUAAAGCUGACUGUCUUGCCCCUUAAAUUAGUCAACGGCUUCUACACCCAUCUCAACGCAACUACUGUCGAAAUAAUUCGCACGAUUAUCGCGCUGUUAAUAACAUGAUAUCCACUUAUACUCACAGGCACAGUGACUGUCUACACAUUUUCUGACAGGCCUUCCCCAACCCUUCGUCAGCGUUGUCUGCCAAAGGUCCCAUAGGCUGGCACCAUAAGUUAUUUCGUUUUCCACCAACUUUGUGCAAGUGGUUAAUUUCCGUGCAAAGAUAAUAAAUCGCAACUAUUUGGACGUGCAAAUAUUUAUAUUGUGUGACUGCCUUGUCUUAAGUCUCUAAGUUGCCGUUGUUACCAUUGGGCUAAGUGGAUUUUGUAACAAUGCCUCUUGUUUGUUCUUGACGACAGAGGUGUGCAAAUUAUGCAAAGAACUGCAUAAAUUACGUCGGUGAUGUCCUGAAAGAGCGCGUCCGUCAUAUGGUAGCCAUGUCUAUCUUUUGUUAUGGAAGUUGUGUAGGUUUGCGUCGAAUACUCGAUAUACGGUGAGAAAACAAGGAAGGUGAGACUGAAUCGAAGAAGUGUUUAGUUUGAUUGUUUAAAAUGACGCAAACUGGGGAUUCACUACGUAAAGAACAACUGAAGGAAUUUCAACGAAAUGCGCAUCGCUUACUAUCGGACGAUGAUCGUACUUAUUUACAUUAUACGCUCAAAGAAUACCAGACUUAUAAGUCAGUGGAAAAGUUGAUGCUUGCAUUAAAAUCGUGCUUGGAUAAUCCUCGAAAGCUGGACCUUCUUGCUGACAUUCGUAACCUCAUUCCGUCAGCGCAUUUGAGCAAGUUCGAUAGUUUGGCUCCGUACAGCGAAAUGGCGCAUCCUUUCAAACCACCAAGUCAAGUAUCCACGAAUCGGAAGACUCAAAGUUUACCUCACAGUUACAAGAACAGUGAGCUGCGAACUCUUGCAAGGAGCUCUUCACCGAUUAAUGCUGGUUCUUUUAGAGUUAUAACCUUAACAAGAACUUCACCAGACGAAUCUUUGGGCUUCAAAAUAAGAGGGGGUCGUGAGAGUGAUAGUGCGGUUUGCAUUUCUGAAGUGGAUGAGAACUCAUCUGCCGCCAAACAGGGGCUCAUGGUUGGAGAUCAGUUAAUUGAAGUUAAUGGAAUAGAUUUCGAAAAAAUAACCCAAAGCUCAGCGGAGAACUUACUGGGAACGAUGAAUAAACUGAAAUUGGUUGUCAAGUCGGUGAGCGCUGUACAAGAAAUGGAUGUCUCUGACUCUUGGUAGGUAUCGUAAAUCAAAAAUUAAUUUUAACCGAUUGUUUGAGUGAUUGAUAUUGUCGCAGUACUUUAACCUUGUGUUUAUCCCACUCAGUUAGUCCCUCUCUACGUUUUGAAACAGAUCAUGAAGGUAUAUUAAGCUAUAAAUAAUUGCGAUGCUGGAAAAAGAAGUAGCAGUGAUGCAGUGAACAUGCACGCGUGCUGGUGUUUUGUUGUUUAUCGGCUCGUGACAGCCACUUAACGUUUCAAUUGUUAAUACGGUUUGGGGGUUGAAAUGUUACGUGAAAAAGUUGGAAACUUUUCAUGUUGGAAACCUUCCAUGUUGGAGAAAGCAAGUACAACCAUGGUGUCGUAUCGGCUAGAAUAUGGCUUUAUCAAAUAAAUAUCGCAACUGUUUAAUUUGCCUGCACUUGACAUAUAGUAUUGGAAUAUUGUUGUGGCAAACUUUCUCUCGGAAUAUGUACUUUGUUCUUAUAUUGAGGCAUAUCGGCAUUUAUGAAUUUUGAAGUCGAAAUGCACGGGUUUUGGGUUAUGGUUGGUUGCAUUUGCUUGAAUUUUGUGGCAUCUUGAAUUAAAAAUGUUUCUUUUGUUUUGUGUAUGACCUGACGCUAGCGUUCGAGACCUUUGAUGUCAAUAGCUGUGGAAAUGAAAUGAAAACUCUUUCUGCUCAAAAGACGAUUUAGAUUACUUUCGAUGCUAAAGAUUACUCCAAUAAUCAGUUAAUGAAUCGUAAAACAACUUUGUACAUCUUGUGAUUAUCAAUUGUAGCUACUUAUUGGAACGUAAUGUUGCGUGCCUCUCGAGUCUACACUUGAAUGCUUGUCGGAAAUAACGUGUAGAAAAUAAUCCAUGCUUUUCAAAUGUGUAACUGCUCGGUUUUAGUCUGUUUUAUGGUUACCGGUUGUACAGUGUGUAUUGUUGCUUGUCUCCUUUGGAUGAACAACGAGGGUAAACAGCUAUACACCUGUGACGGCCCUGAAACAAAUUAACAGCAAAUUAUAUGAGAUCAUGACAGCUAUCAUGACAAGAACAAUUGACAUUCACUUUGAACUGAUGACAUUGAGAAGGCAGAAGAACAGGUGGAGUUUAUACAAACAGAUGCCAUUGCAGGUUGCCAUGGUUACACUAUGAUUGCAUUCUUAAAUUUGGGCAUUGGACACACUAGUAGUAUAUUUUGAAACCUGUGGUUUUUGUGUUCGUUUUCUCCCAGUUGAGUCAAACCUAUCAAAUAUAAUAAUUUAUGCAGUGAUGAAAGGAUGUUUUGUUACGAUCUCUGUUCAAAUAAUGGCUUUUAGGUGUGAAUUACUAUUGCCCAAAGUUAUGCAAGUUAUGACAAGUCUGGCACAUGUAGUCGAAAGAAAGUGCAUCCUUAUUGCACAUCCAAUCCACAUGCCACAUCAUAUUCGUGCAUGCUAAUUUAAUUGAAGUGAAUAUAACAAAUAAGUCAUUAUUAACCAGAGUAAAAGUUUGAAAUAUAAAUAUAUAUAUGUUGGAAGAUUUUAGUGCAAACAUCUUUAGACAUCAUCUGUCAUUUCAUAAAUAAAAGUUUGAAAAUAAGUUGAAGCCUGUUUUUAGUACAGUCUAUUUCAAAAGUAUGGUAUUCUUAAAUCCUCAUGACAGGACUUUAUAUUGCCAAAAUAUAAUAAAACUGCAUUUUCUCAGUAUCUUCAUGAAAUUUAUGUCAUCAACCUGAAAGCACUGUGGACAUUUACACUGCAAAUAGAAUUUGCAUCACAGAGCACAUAGGCAUUGUUUGCAGGGUCAGUUUCACAUUUCCCAGUGUUCUUUGAUCACAGUUUUUAAAGUAGCAAAACUCCUACUUGUUUUUUUCUGUAUUGUUCAGUUCCAGAAAAUAUCCAUUCUCCCCCACAGUAGGGAUUGGAAUUU